AUGGAAAAAGAGCAACUUGAAGAAAAUGCUACAGCAAUUCCUCAUCAAAAUGCAGCAGAGAAGUUACUUAGCAAGCCACCUCAACCAUUUCCUCAAAGAUUUAAAAAGCAGCAAGAAGAUGGUCAAUUCCGAAGAUUUCUUGAUGUUCUAAAGCAUCUCCACAUCAACAUACCAUUAGUGGAAGAUUUAGAGCAAAUGCCCAAUUAUGUAAAGUUUUUGAAGGACAUGUUGACAAAGAAAAGGAGGCUAGGUGAGUUUGAAACAGUGGCUUUGACGGAAGGGUGUAGCGCCAUGUUGAAGAGCAAAAUUCCUCCUAAGUUGAAAGACACGGGAAGUUUUACAAUCCCAUGUACCAUUGGCGGAAGAGAUGUGGGCAGAACUUUAUGUGACUUGGGAGCUAGUAUUAAUUUAAUGCCCAUGUCUAUUUUCAAGAAGUUGGGAAUUGGAGAAGCAAGGCCAACCACCGUCACUUUGCAAUUAGCAGAUCAUUCCAUGGCCCAUCUGGAAGGAAAAAUUGAAGAUGUUUUGGUACAAGUUGAUAAGUUCAUUUUUCCGGUUGAUUUCAUCAUUCUUGAUUAUGAGGCGGAUAGAGAAGUUCCUAUUAUUUUGGGAAGGCCACUCCUCACUACCGGGAGGACCUAG